AAUCUUUGCACGAGAGCGCAGCGAAACGCAACCCGGACCUGUUGGCCGCACAAAACCGGAUUGAAUAAUCGGCGAUAGGUCCGAAACUUUUCGUUUUGGCAUUGUUAAGUGCAGAUUCAUUUUUCUGGUUUUGGUCUCUUUUUCGCUUCUAUUCUCUUCGGUCAAAAACACACAAGCACGCCAUCAAACCAGCCACCAUCCCCAAAGUCGGUACUGGUUGGGUCAGCAUGCGUUAGAUUCUGUACCUUUGCUGUUCGAUUGAUUGAUCCUGUGCUGAAUUAUCGGGUUUGUGGAGAUGGAUUUGGCAUCCAGUUGCAAGGAAAAAUUGGCAUAUUUUCGAAUAAAAGAGCUCAAAGAUGUCCUCACGCAGUUGGGCCUUUCAAAGCAGGGAAAAAAGCAGGAUCUUGUUGAUCGGAUACUAUCUAUGCUCUCAGAUGAUCAAGUAUCCAAAAUGUUUGCCAAGAAGAAUGCUAUUGGAAAAGAACAGGUGGCAAAAUUAGUGGACGACACGUAUAGAAAAAUGCAGAUAUCUGGUGCCACUGACCUUGCAUCAAAGGGACAGGGAGCCUCAGAUAGCAGUAAUGUGAAAAUUAAAGGUGAAAAAGAUGAUUCCUUUCAAUCAGAUACAAAGAUUCGCUGUAUCUGCGGAAGUACAUUGGAUACAGAUCCAUUGGUCAAGUGUGACGAUCCACGAUGCCAUGUGUGGCAGCACAUAAAUUGUGUUAUUGUUCCAGAAAAACCUAUGGAAGGUGUCCUGCCAGUACCUGAUAAAUUUUAUUGUGAACUCUGCAGACUCAGCCGUGCAGACCCGUUUUGGGUUUCAAUGGGACACCCCUUGUUUCCUGCGAAGUUGAGCAUAACAAGUAAUCCAACUGAUGGAUCCAACCCAAUGCAGAGUGUGGAUAGAACAUUUCAAUUGACAAGAGCAGACAAGGACUUGGUAUCAAAACCAGAAUUUGAUAUUCAGGCUUGGUGUAUGCUUCUGAACGACAAGGUUUCAUUCAGGAUGCAGUGGCCACAGUAUACAGACCUACAGGUCAAUGGUGUUCCUGUUCGUGCAAUUAACAGACCUGGUUCACAAUUACUUGGGGCUAAUGGGCGUGAUGAUGGUCCAAUUAUCACGCCAUAUACAAAAGACGGAAUUAAUAAGAUUACCUUAACAGGAUGUGAUGCUCGCAUUUUUUGUGUGGGGGUCCGUAUUGUUAAAAGGCGCAGCAUGCAACAGAUCCUAAACAUAAUUCCAAAGGAACCUGAAGGUGAACAAUUUGAUGAUGCUCUUGCACGAGUUCGUCGUUGUGUUGGAGGUGGAAAUGAAGAUGAUAAUGCUGACAGUGACAGUGAUUUGGAAGUGGUUUCAGACACUUUUAGCAUCAGCCUUCGUUGUCCGAUGAGUGGUUCAAGGAUGAAGAUUGCAGGUAGAUUCAAGCCUUGUAUUCACAUGGGAUGUUUUGAUCUUGAAGUUUUUGUGGAAAUGAACCAAAGGUCAAGGAAGUGGCAGUGCCCAAUAUGUCUCAAAAACUAUGCGUUGGAGAAUAUCAUUAUUGAUCCCUAUUUCAAUCGCAUCACUUCUCGGAUGACAAACUGUGGUGAGGAGGUUACAGAUAUUGAGGUGAAGCCUGAUGGUUCUUGGCGUGUUAAGACCAAGAGUGAAAGUGAGCGCCUGGAGUUGGGGAAUCUUGCACAAUGGCACUUCCCUGACGGGUCCCUCUGUGUUUCGGCUGAUGGAGAAGGCAGAAGAGUGGAAGCUUUGAAGCUGGUCAAACAGGAGGGUGUUUCAGACAGUCCUACUGGCUUAAAGCUUGGCAUUAGGAAGAAUCGCGAUGGACUUUGGGAAGUCAGCAAACCUGAGGACACAAACACCUCUUCUGGUAAUAGAUUGAAAGAGGUAUUUGGAAAUCAUGAAGUGGUUAUUCCAAUGAGCAGUAGUGAUGGUGAUGAUCCCAGUGUAAAUCAGGGUGGGGGUGGGGGUGGGGGUGGUGGUGGUGGUGGUGGUGGUGGGCAUAUUGAUUAUUCUACCACCAACGGAAUUGAGAUGGAUUCUCCAUAUCUCAAUAAUGUUAAUUUAGCAUAUGAUUAUACUGCAAAUAACACUUCUGCUCAGGUAGGUGGUGCAGAAGUUAUUGUUCUUAGUGAUUCUGAAGAAGAUAAUGAUUUAUUGGUAUCUCCUGCAAUUACCUAUAAGAACAAUGAAACUGAAGAUGGUUACUCAGUGCCACCGCCUGGAAUUGUUGAUUCGUAUAAUGAAGAGCACACUAAUCUUGGUGGUAAUUCAUGCUUAGGACUUUUCCCUAAUGAUGAUGAUUUUGGGUUGUGGUCCUUACCACCUGGAACUCAGGCUGGCCCAGGAUUCCAAUUAUUUAGUCCUGAUGCAGAUGUGUCAGAUGCAUUGGUGCAUUUGCAGCAUGGUCCUAUGAAUUGCUCAUCUUCAUUGAAUGGUUAUGCAUUGGCUCCGGAUGCUGGUUUGGGGUCUGGUAGUCUUAUACCAGAUUCCUCUGCUGGUCGAUCGGAUGCUGAUUUAAAUGUUGGAUUGGUUGACAAUCCAUUGGCAUUUGGGGGAGAUGACCCCUCACUUCAAAUUUUCCUCCCCACAAGACCUGCUGAACCAUCAGUGCGACAUGAAUUGAGAGAUCAGGCAAAUAUAUCUAACGGUGUCCUAAAUGAGGAUUGGAUAUCUCUUAGUCUUGGUGGUGGUGCUGCUGGUACAAAUGGUGAUGCUUCCACUCAAAAUGGGUUGAAUUCUGGACUUCAAAUCGCACCCAGAGAUCUAGCUAGAGAAGGUGCCGCAAAUACCAAUAUGGAUGAUGCUGAAAAUGUAUCAAUUGAAGAUGUAAAGGAUGCUAACUUCUAGGCAAAGUUUUAGAGCAUCUUUGCUUCUUGGUAUGAAUGAUGCUAGAUCCGACAAGUCAAGUAGACAGAGAUCAGAUAGCCCCUUUUCAUUUCCUCGCCAAAAGCGUUCUGUAAGGCCACGCUUGUAUCUUUCUAUCGACACAGAUUCUGAAUAAUAGGUAUCAGACCUCGUGUCUCAAGAUAUUUAGGCACUCUCCUUAAUGCCACAUUUUGUAUUUAGUAAGUGAAGGAAGUUGGGAGGCAUUUUUGAUCCUCAUGAAACAGCGGUUGAUGUCCAAGGCAUCUCUAUUCUGAGGCAUCUCCAUCGGAAUAGAGCUGCAGAUAUGCCCUGCCAACAUAUUUACUUCUACCCUGUUGGCAAAGAUGUUUGCUAUAAAGAUUCUUAAUUCUUUAUGCUUGAUAUUUAAGUUGUCCUUACCACACAUGUUAAUAGAUCAGGCUCAAGCUGUUGUUCUCUUCGAUUUUCAAUGAUGAAUCACUGGGUGGUGGGGGGUUGGGGGGUAUAGUUCUGGUUUAAUGUACAGUUGAUCAUUCAGAGAUGGUAGUUCAACUUUUUAAUUUGGUGGGGAGUUCCCCAUAGAAACAUUAUAUCUGCAUUUUUCUGUACCAAGAACAAAUAACCUGUAAAUUUUUAGCCUUGAUUCAAUAGUGAAAUCAAAAAUUGUUUCUCAA